GGCAUCAGUGUUCGCUCUCCUGGCGCGGGUACGAGGGUAAUAACGAGGUUCCGGUGUCUCUCGUGAAUGUGCUGUUUUCAAACAUGGGGAGGUUAACCCACUGAAACUAAUAAAUAAUAUGUGGAAACUAGAUAAUCCCGUGGUUAUCGUAUUGGUAAGUCUGUUAAGUGGAUGGGUGAUUUUCUACACAUCAUCAGGUGCCCUGAUCGGUAUUCUCCUGGCCCUGGUAAUAACAGUGUACGGUUGUGUAUCACUGUUCAUUGACGACAGUCUCGUGACACGACACGCAUUGAUUAUCCAAAAUUACUUGUCCGAAGCCGGUGAUAAUUUUCACGAUUUAGUGUAUAUUGUAUUGUCAGAAACGUCUGGCUACGUUUUGCAGUUGUUUCAAGUAGUGAAGGAUUUUUUCAACCAACAAAUAAUUAACAGAAUGAAACGCUAUCGCCGAAACACGUACCAGUUGAGCUCUGAGUCACUGGUGAACAGUCCAAGGACAGCUGGUGAAUUCAAGAGUCUGAAGGGACUCAGUCCCAUACCGAAGAGAAGUUUUGAUGCACACAUCAGUGAGUCGGAGAAUAAUGUCUAUGGCAGGAGCCUGGUGGAUCAGGAGAGGAUCAGGGCCUUUGACAAGGUCACGUCGACGCCAGUCAUACCGUGGAAGCUGAGAGAUGGCAAGAAUGGAGAUGUCUGUGGACAUUCUGGUGUGGGACAGCAACAUGUGAAGAAGUCGGUGUCGGAUGUGACAUGUGGGGGAUCCAGGGAGGGAGAGGGCAGCCCUUGGGGCACGUCAAUCAGCCCCAAGAUCAGGUCCAGAGCUGCUGGGGUGAAAACUGUUCAGACUGUUGCUGGCCCUCUUCUUGCGUCGACUAGAUACAACAUUGAUACAAAGACAUACACCGACGUCACAUCACCAGGAUUGACCUCUCGUCUCACAAAAUACGCGACAGAGGCCUCGACAAAAUUGCUGCAAUCCCCCUACGCAACCGGCCAGUUUCCCAGAGUCAACCUGAACUCCAGUCCAACUCCCCUGAUAAACUCAAAGACUGGAAAGAUGCGUAUGCCAGUGACUGUCAGAAUAGCUCCCCCAGACAGUCGAUUCUCACCCCCAGAACGUCAACGAGCAAUUUCCGACAUAUGUCACGAUUCUCCAAGAACUCCUCCCACAGUGGUCCAGGUCCUCCGAGACAUGUCGUUGAAGAGACACGCCUCCAGGGACGACGUAACAGCAGAACUGAUAAAGAAAAAACAGCGAACCGAUGGUCUCUACAAUGACGAACUGGAGAAUCUCGAGGAGAUGACGCAGAAACGAGCUAGAGACGAUUCCUCGAGAUCCGAUGAAGAUCUCUCCAUUGACAGUAGCUCCCUGAGACCACUCAAGCGAACGAAAAAGCCCUCUUGCUACGACAUAUUGAAUUCCCUGAGUUCCAGCACAAAUGUCAACUCCGGGGUGAAGAGAAAAGCAGAUAUAUCUCGUAGUGGUACUCCAGACAUUGGAAAACACUUCAAGUCCCUGGACACGAGCCACCUGGGAUCAUCAGGCUCUUCCAAGUCCCCUGGAGACAUCCAAAACCUGAAAAAAUCUGGAAGUGACAGUACACUGUCACUGCCUGAGAUAGUCAGUCGAAGAAACUCGGAAAGUGUCUCCCCCAGAUCUCCAGUGAGACCACCAACCAACGAAAUACCUCCAGAGAUUCACGAGAUCGAGGAGAUAUUCAAGGAGGCCAAGAACUCCAUGAUUGACAUACCAGUUAAACUGACUGAUCGAUUAUUCAUGAGGGAGGAGCCCCAGAAUAUUGAUAAAUUGAAGAAUCUGAUUGACGAGCACAGCACCUUCUCCUCGAAAUUCUCCAAGAGCGAUACCGAGGAGAUUAAAAAAUCAGAUAUCAUCAAUAUGAGGCAGACCAGCAUGAAGGCAAAAUUGAAGAGUAUGUUUGAUGCUAUUUCUGGAAAGACAGCCAAUACUAUUGAUCCUAGUGUUGUCAUUCAGGCCGAAUCAAUAACAUCAUCACCGUCUAGUUUAGCUACACUGAGCUCUUCUACCUCCACCACUAAUGUGAACACAUCUCCAAUAUCGACGUCAGCUAUUGUACCGAUUAUUGGAAAGGCGAAGACAAUGGGAACACCAGGGAAACACGUGUCAUUUAAUUUACCGAGUUCUCAGCCAUCGACAUCAUCGUCGUCUGGAGUGGUGGUGCCUCAGGUGAAGUUGGAUAAGAGUGAGGCAACGCAGGAGAUUAAAAAACCAGAGAGUUCUACUCCAGGUCUGGCUUUUGGUGCGAAGGUCAUUACGUCUUCACCGUCGAGUUCAGGAGAUCAACCUCGAGGGUUUAUCAUCCCUCAGAUCUCAACUGCAGCAUCUUCUGUCUCGAGUUCAACGUCAACAGCAAAUAUUAUGACUCCAGCAGCAACAUCCAGUGCUCAGAAUCUAGCGUUCUCCUUUGGUACAUCAUCAACGUCGUCUACAGCAUCUACGUCAGCACCAGCAGCUCAGACAGUCUUAACUUUUUCGCAAUCGAGUCAGAAGCUUUUCCAGCCAACAACUGGAGCCACGACAACGGUGACUACUCCGAGGAGUGAUGUAACUACGAAGGCAACGACACUCUUCACUCCCUCGACAUCAACAAUAUCCUUGUCGGGGUCAUCUGCCUCUUUAGCUUCUGGGAAUGGAGUCCUGACGUUCACGGGAGCGAGCAAAUCCCCUCCCAAAGCCGCUGGAUUGUCCUUCACUGGAGUAUCUUCAACUUCUGCAGGAGUGAAUCAAACGACCACCACAAGCACAUCAUCGUCAGGGUCAGCAGGAUUUAUUUUUGGUGGUGGUUUGGGUACUGCUACCACCAGCACUUCAUCAACAUUCGAAGCAACUACCACUUCAGCCCCUGGAACAUCAACGCAAUCAUCCAGUUUCACGUUUGGAGGGAACAAAACGACUCAGUCAACGACUCCAUCAACAGGUUUUUCGUUUGGAUUGACAACAACACCUGCUGUCACCUUUGGUGCAACGACAACGUCUCAGGCACCUGUGACAACAGCUCUGACAUUUGGAAUCGGCACUUCCGCUUCAACUCCAUCAUUUGGUAGUUCGACGACAGCUUCAUCUAGUUUUGGAACACCUUCAGCCACAUCUUCAACUUCGUCGUUUGGGACUACAUCAACAUCUUCUGUCUUUGGAAAUUCUACAACUGCAUUUGGGACUUCAUCAACAGCAACUCCUGUUUUUGGAAAUCCUGUAACAACUGCCAGUAUUGCCUUUGGAACAACAUCUUCUAGUUUUGGGGCUCCAGCAACGACAGCUCCUACUUUUGGGGCUCCAGCGACAACAGCUUCUACUUUUGGGGCUCCAGCAACGACAGCUUCUACUUUUGGUGCUCCAUCAACAACAACUUCUACUUUUGGGGCUCCAGCAACGACAACUUCUACUUUUGGUGCUCCAGCAACAACAACUUCUACUUUUGGGGCUCCAUCAACAACAGCUUCUACUUUUGGGGCUCCAUCAACAACUUCUACUUUUGUAAAUCCAUCAAACACGACAUUCAGCAGUGCUUCUACAUUAUUUACUAAUCAACCCCCAAGUUUCAACCCAAUUACGACAGCUGCCAGUGUCAUCAGCUUUGGCACUCCUAAGACAACAGCUCAGACAUUUGGCACAACAACAACAACCCCAACUGCCAGUUUAUUCAAUGGAGUUAGCACAUCGUCAGCAUCAAAUUCUAUGUUCAGUGGUGGCAGUGCCUUUGGACAGGGAAAAGCCUUAAAUUUUGGGUUUACAACAACAACAACAGCCACUGGCUUUGGAGCAACAACAACCACUAGUUUUAGUGGUGGUUCAUCGUUGUUUGGGGGACAACCAACGACAACUACUGGCUUUGGUGUUAAUUCCUCGUCUACAAGUACAACACCAGCUUUUGGUCAGACAUCUUCAGGAUUUGGGGGAACAACGAGUGCACCUCCAGCAUUUGGUACUUCAUCAGCUCUCAGUUUUGGUGGAACGUCGCCGGCUUUUGGAGCACAAAGUUCAGGGGGUAGUUCUAGUUUUAGUGGUAGUUCUGUGUUUGGAGCUACUACAACUGCACCUCCAGCUUUUCCAACUGGUACUAGCUCCACUGGAGGCAUUGGAGGUGCUACCACUAGCUUUGGAACACCUACGACAGCUCCUCUAGCGUUUGGAAGUUCCAGUAGUAGUUUCAGUGGUUUUGGGGGUAGUAAUGCUGGAGCUGGGGCAACUUCAUCGUUUGGAGGAGCUACUUCUGCUUUUGGAACGACGGGGCCUGGAACGAGUGGUACGAGUUCAUCUUUUGGAGGGACUACUGCCACUGGGGGCUUCGCCUUUGGGACCAGUGCGACCCCUGCCACAACUCAGGGGACGUCCGGAAUGUUCUCCUUUGGGGGAAACAACGCCAGCAGUGGAUUUCAGUUCAAUGGAAGUACUACAGUACAAACUGGAGGAUUCAACUUCAGUGGAACAGCAGCACCAGCAUCAUCAACUGUUCCAUCAUUCUCAGCCCCAGCUGCACAAUUUGGUGCUGCAAGUGGUGGAAACAUGUUCAGCAUCGGUUCGGGUUCGGUGGGCGCUCGUUCAAGAUCAGGACGCCAGGCGAGACGCCAGAGAUGAUGGAGAAUGUAAAAUCAAUUAUAUCGAUAUAAACAUUACAUUAUCUAGGGAAAUAGUCUAGGAUGAACAAUCGAGUACUCCACGUGAUGACUACAGUUCUAAAUCACUGAAGUACUUGAUGCAUUUUUUUUUUUGUUUAAAAAUGAUUAUAAAAUUGUGUAAAGGUGAUUGUGACUCGACUUGAUGACGUUUUGAGAUGAUUUGUGAUGACAUUGUCUCGAUUUAGGUAAAAAAAAAAAAUUUAAACGUAAUAUAUUCAUGUUAAUGACUGUUGCUCAAUUAAAGCAAUUUUAUACAAUUCCACGUGCAUUAAUCGAGUCACAACAACUUCAAAUGGGACUGUUUAACGCGUAAUAGAUAUAACGAAAAUAUUCCAAUGCUAAUUGCCCUCGUAUAAACAAUAAAUUUUGUUAAAAGAUUCAUCAACUUCGAGGCUUUAUAAUGAACAAAAUAGUGAAGAUGGUUUUGUAUACAAGUGAUUACUGAUGGCAUUACGUCAAUGUCGAUUAACGAUAGGAUAUUCUAAUAAACUAUUAAUAAACAGUAAUCAUGUACUUUCGGUUGGUAUUUGUCAUUUUUUUUAAUGUCUCGAUAGAUUCGACAAUUAAUUAAGUUGAAUUAUACAUGAACACUGCGCAAUAUCCAGUUAUGGAAAUGAUAGGAAAAAAUGUAUCUUAAAAUUGCAGAAAAGGUGAGGACAGAAUUUGUACAGAGUAAUUAGGUGUAUUAUUAUAGAGAAAAAAAAUACGAAGCUGGAUUUUUCAUUUUUUGUUGGUUCUUGUAUGAUCUUCGAUGAUCUUAAGGUCCUUUGUUCGAAUUCAAGCAUCUCAAGUAGGUCAUUGAAGCGAAUGGGUUAUGAAAAUGUAUAGGAAGAAGGUUUUAUUAUGAUUGUAAUGAAACUCAUGGCAGUAAUAAAAAUAUUCUGAUUAAACAUCA